UAUCAAUCAAUCGACCAGUAUAGUUCCCUGCUGAAAGUUAAUCGUUUCUUGUUUCUUUCUUCCUCCCAUUACACUACUUGAUUUGCAAUUUCUUCUUGCUUGGGCUAUUUAUUUUUUUCCCCCUCCAUUCAAUCUGCAAGUUGCCUCUCAUCUGCUCUCCGAAUCUGGGGGGAUUUCGCCGUUGUUUCUGCAGAUCUGUGUAAAUCUCGGUGGUGGGUCUUCUUCUGCCCACUGUGCGUUUAACCAUCAGCUGUUGUUGGAGCUAUUUUCAUGGCGAUUGCUGCAGCUGUCAUCGUGCCUUUGGGCGUUCUAUUCUUCGUCUCUGGCCUCGCCGUUAAUCUCGUUCAGGCAGUUUGCUAUGUGCUCGUUCGACCUUUGUCUAAGAACACAUACAGAAAAAUCAACCGGGUGGUUGCUGAAACCUUGUGGUUGGAACUUGUAUGGAUCAUAGAUUGGUGGGCAGGAGUGAAGAUCAGAGUGUUUACAGAUAGGGAGACCUUCCAUCAAAUGGGAAGGGAGCACGCUCUCGUCAUCUGUAAUCACAGAAGCGAUAUUGAUUGGCUUGUCGGAUGGGUUUUGGCUCAGCGCGCGGGUUGUCUUGGAAGCGCAUUAGCUGUGAUGAAGAAAUCAUCCAAAUUGCUUCCGGUCAUAGGCUGGUCAAUGUGGUUCUCGGAGUAUCUGUUUCUGGAAAGAAACUGGGCCAAGGAUGAAAAUACAUUAAAGUCAGGCCUUCAGCGAUUGUACGACUUCCCUCAGCCUUUCUGGUUGGCGCUUUUUGUGGAGGGAACUCGCUUCACUCAGGCUAAACUUAAAGCAGCCCAAGAGUAUGCAGCCUCCAGUGGGUUGCCUAUCCCGCGAAAUGUGUUGAUUCCUCGUACCAAAGGUUUUGUGUCAGCUGUUAGUAAUAUGCGGCCGUUUGUGCCAGCCAUUUAUGAUAUGACAGUGACUAUUCCUAAAAGUUCUCCCCUGCCUACGAUGCUCAGGCUUUUCAAAGGACAAUCUUCGGUGGUGCAUGUUCACAUCAAACGGCAUUUGAUGAAAGACUUGCCCGAACCGGAUGAUGCUGUUGCGCAAUGGUGCAGGGACCAAUUUGUGGCAAAGGAUGCAUUGUUGGACAAACACAAUGCCGAAGACACCUUCAGUGAUCAGGAAGAACAGAACAUUGGCCGGCCAAUAAAGUCUCUCAUGGUGGUUUCAUCAUGGGCAUGCAUGCUAACGUUCGGAGCAUUGAAGUUCCUACAAUGGUCGAAACUCUUCUCCUCGUGGAAAGGUAUCGCCAUAUCGGGAAUCGGGUUGGGAGUCGUCACUCUCCUUAUGCAGGUUUUGAUACGUUCCUCCCAGUCCGAACGCUCAACACCGGCCAAAGUCGCUCCGGUUAAGCCCAGGAGCAAUGGAGACACUGCUUCCCAACCGACAGAGGAGAAACAGAAGUGACUAGUAAGUCUUCUUCUUCGAUCAAACCACACAAUGUCAGUUUUGACAAAAGCCCUCAAGUAAAAACGCGGUGCUUGAAUCUUGAUCAUUAGCUGUCUGUCAACUAGUCAUUCGUGUACAGUUAUGUUCCGUUCUGUGAUGUGUCACUCCUAUUUUAUCCUAUAUGCCUUUGGUGAUAUUCUCCCCUGAAGGGCAUAGAGGGCAACAUGUAUAACUAAUGCUAUUAGAUUGGGUUUUGGGUUUUGGUGCCAACAUGUUUCUCAAAAGGAGGAUUAUAAUGGUUAUUAUUACAUGCAAAGCUAAAAUGUUUUUUUUC